GGUUACCCAUUUGUGCUCUCUGAUGGACGGGCCCACCCGGAGUUGCGCACCAUCGCCAUCUGUGUCAUGCACUUGUGGACGUCUGCCUCUGUAGCGGAGAGGACCUGGGCGCAGCAUGAGCGCAUCAACACGGCGAGGCGUUGCAAGCUUGGGUUUGCCAAGCUUGCACAGCUGGUUGAGAUUGCCACCAAUCUCAAACUGGCCUCGUGCGCACGGCAGGGUGGUGGCUACGUGUUGCCAUGGGUUAUGGGGACCGGUCGGGAGGGGACGGCGGCAGAGGACGAGGAUGAGGAGGGAGACAUGGAGCCCGAGGUGUGGGAAGCGCGACCUGCUGGCAGUGUUCCCGAGCAGGAGAUCCAGCGGCAGAUUGUCGCUUUUGUGCACAGUCGACCGUCCAGAGCCCAUUUGGUUCGGGACGUGUUCGGCAAGAGGGCGACGGAGCUGCGACCGUGGCCAGAGGGUGGGGAUGAUGUGGACGCUGAUGCGGCAGACGACGACAUCGACGACGAGUGGACAGACGAUGAUGACACGCCGCUCAGUGGCGAUCCGACGACUGAGCGGGUGUACUUCACUUACGGUGGGGGACGUGACGGCAUGAAUUCAUUCACAUCAGUUAUCACUGGUGAUGUGCCGUCGACCGCACAGGCGAGUGGCAACAGCAGAGCCGGUGGUGGUCGUGGAGGACGUUCGCAUGAGGAGGUUGGCGUCAACGACUCGGGGGAGCAGCAGCCACGGGGAGGUCUUCGGCAGACAGGCAGGCGUUGGGAGGUUAGGAGCGACAGCGAGGCCGAGGAGGAGACCGAUGAUGAGUGGGUGCCCCUUCACGAUCGUCGCUUCUCUCCCUCCCAUCAUCGGAGCACUGCACAGCCCGAGGCACUUAGGCGUUCGGAGAGGUUGGCGUCGACGGGAGGCAGAGACCGGACACAUGACGACGAGGAUCGUGGGGGGGAGAGGACUCCUUACGACGCCGGUGUCCGCCCCCGCUCGCCGUCGGAGCUCCGCACACACGACUUUGACGUCGGAGGGCUUGGUGGGGGCUUGGGAGAUUUCAAUGUCGAGGGACGUCGACGCGCCUCACCGUCGGAGGUGCGCACCGACGCGGACGUUGUGCGGGGCCCUGUUGAGACUGAUGAGGAGAGGGAUGCCCGUUUGGACCGAGAGGAGGAGGAGCGGCUGGGGAGUUUGCCACGAUGGGAGGUUCAGGGGAAGUUCGAUGAUGAUGGGCAGGAUGCCGCCGCGGGUGGUGAGUCAGGUGGUGGACGACGCGGCGACGGGGAGACCGCGGGUGAUGAGGAGCAGGAUGUUGUCAUGGGCGGUGGGUCCCCUCGUGGGGGGCGUGGCGACGACGAGACCGCGGGUGAUGAGGGACAGGGUGCCGCCGUGUGUGGCAGGGGAGAGGGUGGACCCGGUGGAGAUAGGGAUACCGCGGGUGUCGGGGGAGAUGAUGAACCGGACGGAGAUGAUGACGACGACCCCAGUCCCGAGGAUGAUGCGUACAGGCUCGCCUUGGUGUUGAGGGACCCCGCAGUACCUCCCUUGCACCCUGACGACUCAGCGCACACUUUCUUCGACGUCGACGCUUUUGCGCAAGCGUUGACGGAUGGCCCUUUCGCACACAUGGGCCGCGUGAGCGGCAAGAGGCUGGCCACUCGGAGGGUGUAUUCACUGUCGCCGUUCGUGGUGCAGAGCCCUCGAUGGUCGGGUUCGUCGCUCAGCGGCGUGAGAGGAAGGGAGUCCGGAGCGGGUGAGGUGGGGUCCGGCAGACGCAGCGACGGCGACAGAGACAGUGCAGGAUCGAUGCCUCCACCGCCCGCACGGACUCCGGAGGCUAGGAUCAACGUCGGGGACCAGACGGCGGCACCUGGAGUUGGGGACAGCGGCGGUUCCCCGCCGACAGUCCGAGGAGGUGUGGGUGGCGGAUGGUCAGCUGUUCGUCCGGUCUGGGACCGGUUUCGUGUGGAUUACGACGCCGGGAGGGGCGUCUUCAUGGAACGCACGCCAGUUCAGACGCAGGCUGCGGAGGGUGGGUCUGGACGUCCGAGCCUGCAGAUGGCAGGCCGCAUGCUCGGAUUGUCACGAGCGGAGACGAGGAGAUCAUUGGUCCUCGAGGCCGCAGGGACAUCCACGGACAUGCUGCGGGGACAGGAGUACACAUUGGGCAAGGAGGGGUUGUUGAUGCAUCCCGGGACGAGACGACAGAGUGGCCUCUCGGAGGUUGAGGUUCGACUCGCGGCAGGGGCUGAUAUAGCAGCAGCCAGUUGGAGAAGGGAGUGAUACCUGGUCCCUGGUGUCUCCAAGGGCACAAGGUACACCAAGACCAG